AUGGUGCUGCUCCUGCUUAAACCGAAGAGGAACAUCGUUACACGAGCCAGGACUUCUUCCUCGUCGGCUGUAAAGGAAAAUCAAACCAACGGUGAGACAUCCGCUCGGCUUAUUGAGAAUGAAGGAACGGCCACAAAUACAUCUGUCGUGGUCACCAAUGGGACUUGCGGUGACAUCAAAAACCCAUCAGAUGCUUCGACUAAGUUGAUUAUUGCUGAGUCCUCUGGUGGUGUUGCCAAUGGUACCGUGUCAUCAGCUGUUACAGAAUCUGCUACCAGUUCGACUACUGUUACUAAAUCCAGUAGCAGUAGUAAAGUUAUAGAAUCGGUGUCCAGUAGCUCGUCAACGGUAGUCACAGGAGGAACCACCGAGUUCGUUACAACGAGUGAAAGCCAACACCAAAAAGGAACUACCGGUCAACAUUCCACGCUUGCCACUGCCCAAACCCUGACAGAAAAAUCAAGUGCAAUCAACCAAGAAAAGUUAUCGGCGAAACAGGAAGUCUCUGCAGCUUCAGAAUCUGUAAGUAAAUCUUCCAGUACAGUUAACAAGGAGCUUGCUUCAUCCAGUUGCAAUACUGCUAAGUCGCUCGUUAAUAAAACAUCUUCGGAUAUUCAGAAUAUCCAGUCGAAACAAGAACUGGACGAAUCGCUUGCUAUCGCUGAAAAUGUUAAAAAUUACGUGCAGGAGUCCUCAUCUUCAGUAACUCAGGUGUCACGAAGUAAAUACGAGUCUGUGUCAAGUUCCUCAACUUCGGAAGUUGUAAUAUCUCACACUAAACAAUCUUCAAGCGAUCUGAAACAGCACAGCCAACAAGACGCAUUAGCAACCAUCAGCAGCCACCAUUCUGAAUCGGUUGAUAGUAGUCAACAGCAUCAACUUGCCAUGGCAACAGCAACAAGCAGUGUUACUCAGGGCCUCACCACAUCAAGUUCAUUGGAGUCAACUCUAAAGUGUGUGUCCAGUGGCCAGUCUUCAGAAGCGGUGGAGUCCCUCAGCCAACAGAAGUUAAUUAGUGCAGACUCUGCUUCAUCAAUUCAACAGGGCGGCUCUACAGUGCAGCAUUCAACAACUGUCGUCACUGAAAACGUUCAAGGGUCUAAAGCAGCUGUCAACGCCACCAGCAGCACCAAAACUACAUCAAAGUCGAGCAAGAAGUCUGUGACCAGUACCGACAGUAAAGAUACAGCCAACAGGGCGGACUUGCAGUACAAGUAUUCGGGACCCAUCAAGGAGCAGUGCAUCUGCGAGCUCUGCACAUGUGGUCGGCAUCGAUGUCCCCACCGUCCUGAGCCAGAAAGUCCUCCAUUCGACCUGCAGCCGGAUGCCGGACUAAGUGGCAUCACGUCACAAUCGCACGCUGCGUACCAUGCAUACUCUGCCGAGGAUGUACAGCGACCGAAACUGUAUCGUCUUCACACCGCCCUGGAGCUGCCCGACGGACAACUGGCCACCGUAUCCGCCUACCGCGCCGACUAUGACGAGAAACACGCAGAGAGACAGGCCAGGUACAAGUAUGAGGACCAUCUUCACUUGGAAGGAGAAUUUCAGGGCCACUCCCACACGAGAGAUGAUUUUAAGCCAGUUAGAGGAGAGCGACCCCAAGUUGUACGACACGAAGAUCACCUGAAAAUGGAAGGAGAGUUCUCCGGUCAGAGCCACCUUCGAGAAGAAUUCCAGGUGGUUCGUGGUGAAAGGGCAGAAAUUUGCCGCCAUGAAGAUCAUCUUCAGUUACAAGGAGAGUUUCAGGGUUAUCCUCACACUAGAGACGAUUACAAACCCGUGACAGGAGAGAGGGCUCCUGUGGUUAGACAUGAAGAUCAUCUUCAGUUACAAGGAGAGUUUCAGGGUUAUCCUCACACUAGAGACGAUUACAAACCCGUGACAGGAGAGAGGGCUCCUGUGGUUAGACAUGAAGAUCACCUGAAACUGGAAGGUGACUUUACUGGUCAGAGUCACCUUCGAGAAGCAUAUCAAGAGGUACGUGCUGAGAGGGCAGAAGUUCGUCGUCAUGAAGACCAUCUCCGCUUAGAAGGAAAGUUCAUGGGUCGGAGUCACAAUGAGGAAGAGUACAGAGAAGUACGAGGGGAUAGAGCAGAUAUAACAAGGCGUUCUGACAAUUUGAAACUAGAGGGUCAGUUUACAGGCCAGAGAAGAGAUGAAUUCUCGGCCACAAGAGGAGAAAGGGCAGAAGUCAAGAGACAUGAGGAUCACUUGAAACUGGAGGGAGAGUUCACGAGAGAAAGACGAGAUGAAUACAGCGUCACAAAAGGAGAGCGUGCAGAGAUGAAGAAGCAUGAAGAUAACCUCAGAUUAGAGGGGGAGUUUGUUGGUGAGAGACGUGAUGAGUUCACAGCAGUGAAAGGUGAACGAGCACCUGUCAGGAAACCAGAGGAUAAUCUGAAGCAACAAGGGGAGUUUACAGGCAGAAAGAAAGAUGACUUCCCUGUUGUGCGAGGUGAAAGGUUGCCAAUGAAAAAACCAAAGGACAGCUUGAAGCCGGAGGGAGAAUUUGAAAGACCACAUCAUGCUAAAUAUAGUCCCGGAGAAAGAGCAGAUAUUGUCAAGCAUCCGGACAACUUGAAACUAGAUGGCGACUUCGACAGGCCUCAGCCAACAUAUUUUGGCCCAGGCGAAAGGGCAGCAGUGAAAAUACCAAAGGAUAAUUUGAAAACCGAGGGAAAUUUGGAAGGAAGUCCUAAAUCUAGGGAUGAUUAUCAGCCGACAAGAGGCGAAAGAGCAGAGGUUAAGAAACCCAUAGACAACUUACGGUCUGAGGGUAACUUCGAAGGAAGGUCAAGAUCCAAGGACGAUUACCAGCCUACUAAAGGUGAUCGAGCUGCUGUUAAGAAACCUAAAGACAAUCUCCGCUCUGAAGGUAAUUUCGAAGGAACUCCUAAAUCGAGGGAAGAUUUCAAACCUUUGAAACAUGAAAGAGCUGGUGUUAAGAAACCGAAAGAUAAUUUGCGAUCGGAAGGAGAAUUUCAAGGUAGUCCGAAAUCAAGGGAUGACUACAAACCUACACGAGGGGAUCGAGCAGAUGUUAAGAAGCCGAAAGACAAUCUUAGACAAGAAGGGGAAUUCACAGGCCAGAAAAGGGACGAAUUCACAGCAACUAAAGGCGAGCGUUCGCCCAUAAAGAAGCCAGAAGACAAUUUAAAACUAGAAGGGGAUUUCACUGGCGAACGAAAGAAUGAAUUCACCGUCGUUCGAGGGGACAGAGCUGAUAUAAAAAUUCCAGAUGACCAUUUAAAACCUGGAGGAGAAUUCACUGGCCAACGAAAGACAGUUAUCGAGUUCACCGGUGAACGGGGUGAACGACCGCCUCUUAUUCGGCGCAACACGUGGACCAAACUGGAAGGAGAAAUAUUUGCAGAGACGACGAGUCGGAGCGAGUUCCGAGAGUUUGAAGUUGUACAGAGGACUGAGAAAGUUCGUCGGCGCAGUGACAACCUCAUUGUGGGUGGAGGACAGUUCCAGGGGACCUCCCGUCAGAAAGAAGAUUUCAAAGCUCUGACACCAGAAAAAGUGAUCAUUCAACGACAUCAAGAUAAUCUUCAUGUCCCAGAAGGCGAGUUUGUCAACUUCACAAGGAAUCGCGAAGACUACCCUGAACGAUGGGCUGUCAGACCGGAGCAGCCUCGUCGACAUCGAGACAAUUUGGUAUCUGUGGGAGGUGACUUUCAUGCAAUCACCAGCUCCAAAGAGGCGUACCAGGCGCGCCAACAAACUUCAAAGACUGAAGUGAAGAAGCAUGUUGAUAACUUGACUGCCGAAGGUAUCAUGACAUUCGAAUCCUCCUCUAAAUCAGAAUUUACCGAAAAGACAGGAAGGCGAGAGAAAGCAGAACGCCGUCGAACUUGGACAAAACUUGACGGAGAAAUGUUCUUUGAGACAACUAAUACAGAAGAGUACAAGAAACCACAAUCGCGAGAGCAAAUUCCACAAGUCAUUCACCAAGGUAACUUGCGCGUAGAUGAGGGAUAUUAUGAAAACAGCAUCACUACCUCACAGGAAGUCUACCGAACGUUCCAUGAUCAAGACAUAAGACAGAAGCAAAAGCGUUAUACGGACAACCUCAGAAUUGAGGGCUCUUUUCAAGGAACGCCAAAAUCAAAAGAAGAUUUCAAGGUGGUGAAGGGUGAGAAAGCGCCCGUGAAGAAACCAAAAGAUAACUUAAAAGCAGAGGGCAAUUUUGAAGGGAAGCCUCGUUCUCGAGAUGAUUUUAAACCGAUGGUCGGCGACAGACCAAUUCCAAGUAGACCGAAAGACAAUUUAAAAACUGAGGGUCAAUUCGAAGGGUCGACAAGAUCAAAAGACGACUACAAACCAAUGAUGCGCGACAGAGUGGACGUAAAAAGGCCCAAGGACAACCUACGAAGCGAAGGAGCUUUUCAAGGAUCUCCAAGCUCAAGAGACGACUUCCAAGCAACAAAGGGUGAUCGAGCACCGAUCAGGAAACCAAAGGACAACUUAAUGCCUGAAGGUGAUUUUGAAAAGCCACGAUAUCAGACGUACGAACCAGGCAGUCGAGCUGACGUUGUGAUACACCCAGACAACCUGAAACUUGAAGGGAAUUUUGAUAGGCCUCAGAGACAAAAAUACCGGCCUGUCGAACGAUCUCCGAUAAGGAAACCACAAGAUAACCUAAAACUAGAAGGUAGUUUUGAGAAAAUAGAAUUACCAAAACUUGGAAGGGAUGAUUACCAACCUAUUAGAGGUGACAGGGCAGAUGUUAAAAGACCUCAGGAUAACCUCAAGCCGGAAGGACUAUUUGAGGGAAC